AUCGAGCUUCAACACCAGGUUAACUCCAUGACUCCUAGACCAAAGACUAAUCCGGCGGCUCGGUCCGCAACUUGCGGGGUCUCCCGCCCAACACAGCAGCAGAAGGAGACGUGCACGGACUACCUGCUCUUCGACGCCACGCUGCAGGAGUUUCUGACCUACAAGCGCGACGCAGACGGACGACCCCCCUGGCUCGACUGGACGGACGACGGCUGUUCCUCCUCGAUGGACUACCCGCUGGGUUUUAACUUCCACGACAGCUGUCUGCGUCACGACUUCGGAUACCGGAAUUACAAGGAGCAGGGGCGCUUCGAUCACGCACCCUCGAAGAAGGCCAUCGAUGUGCGGUUCAAGCAGGAUCUGGUGGACAUGUGUCACGGGGUGACGACGCCGUGGCAUCGCAUCAAUAGUCACUGGAACUGCGUCAAUUGUGCUCAUCUAUACUAUCGCGCAGUGCGGUGGUUUGGGAAGUUCGGCAGGCACGUCCCUAGAGUUCCUCCGUUCAGUAAGAAGCGGUAG